GGUCAACCAGUUUCUUCAUCCUAGUCCCGGGUCCCUGGUGGCUUCAUCGUGGGGUUUGCAAUUGGUCAAAGAAACUACAUACCGCAAUUCUUACGCACCUUAACCCAGCUCUUUUAUUUGAGCUUACACGCUGUGUGCGUGGGAUUAACUGUUGCCCACGGCUUCACGCCAAUUAAGAUGAGCUUUGGUCUGUCGUGCACACUCUCCCCGGAGUUGCUCGAGCAUUCAGGCCACCCAGAAUUCAGUUGUGGACGUGACACCUGCGCUGUUAGACCCAGAGAAGCGUGGGUGCAAGACCAGCAGGGUUUUACUUCAGCAGCUUGUUUCGAGAGCUAUGUAUGCUUAAGAACCUGGGCCUAUGCUCGGAUUGUUGAUCCAACUUUUCUCUUUUCUUUCUCCCUCAACCCAUCUGCCCGUCGGUUUCUGUGUCUUACAACAGCAUAUUUCGAGUGACAUCUUCAUAUUCACAGUGUUUAUUUGCUUCUAUUGAUCCUUGCAGGCCAUACGUGACCUCUCAUUAUGACUGCUUCUGAACAUCUGAAUGUUUUCAAGGGCCCUGAGUCGGUUCGCAACUAUUUCGAUCCUGAACAAUCACCACCUUUGCCCCUUGUUGAAAUCCCUGAUAGCCUCAACCCAUACCGUCAAGAUGGUGUCCGAAUCUAUGCUAAGAUGAUGACCAUGCAUCCUGCAACAAAUGUCAAGGUGAUGCCAGCUAUGAACUUAUUAGAAAAGGGUGUAGAGCCCGGCAACACGAAGACAAUCGUCGAGAGCAGCUCAGGUUCUACUGUCAUCUCAAUGGCCAUGGUUGCUCGCGCUUUUCACGGCAUCGACGACGUCCACGCUUAUCUGAGCAACAAGACAAGUGAGACAAAGUUGCGCAUGAUGCAGUUCUUUGGCCUCAACGUGACUCUAUUUGGUGGACCUGCUCAGCCUACACCUGUCGAUGAGCGAGGUGGCAUUCGGGCUGCAGCUCGAAAGGAUGCAGAAACUGAGUCUGUGUGCAGUCCCAAUCAAUACAUCAACGACGAUAAUUGGAAAGCCCAUGUGCGAUGGACUGGUCCUCAAAUCCACCGUCAACUCCCCGAGGUCAAUGUGAUUGCUGCGUCAAUGGGCACAGCUGGCACUAUGACCGGACUCGGCACCUAUUUCAAGCAGGCGAAGCCUUCCGUGUACAGAAUUGCUGUAUGCACCAACGCUGGAGAACGUGUUCCUGGCCCUCGAGAAUACUCGUUAAUGAGUGAGGUUGAGUUCCCAUACCUAGCAUCUCACGAUGCUCUCGAGGAAGUUGGCGCCCCAGACUCAUACUCCCUUUCAUUGGACCUUACUCGACAGGGUAUUGUCUGUGGCCCCUCAUCGGGCUUCACUCUGAAAGGAUUGUUCCAACGUAUUGAGAAACAUAAGCAGGAGGGCACGCUAUCGAAUCUCGCUGGCCCUGAUGGCGAGAUUCACUGUGUUUUUAUGUGCUGCGAUCUACCCUUCCAAUACUUGAAUGAGUAUUUCCAGAACUUGGGCCCUGAGAAGUUCAGCCCUCUUCGCAACGAGCGUUUGAGGAACGUUGAUCUUUACCGAUACGACGAUGCCUGGGAGCUCGACUCUUUGACUGCUUUGUCUAACUACUUCACCAUUCACCCUCUGGGUACUCAUGAUACCGUUUUGUCACUCGCAGACCAAAUCGACAAGGCUCUGACACCUUCGGUCAAUACCCAGAUUCUUGAUUUCCGAUGUUCGCCAGACUACGAUGCUUUCCAUAUCCCCAACUCGGUCAACAUACCCCUCGACGCACUUCGAGAUGGACCCUCCAGCGGUAGUCCUUUUGCCAAUCCUGCUGAUGACUGCGCCAUGCUCGAGGAGCUCUGGCUAGAGCUUGAGAGCCUCUUCAACGUUAAGGACAAGGCCGGCAACAGAAAUGCUAGCGCUGAAGCUCUCAUGUCUAUCCUUCGAGGAAAGAGAGUCUUGACACUUUGCUACGAUGGUGACAGCUCUCGUGUUGCCAACAGUGUCCUUCGUGCCAAGGGCGUUGAGGCAGAGUGCAUCCGUGGUGGCUACAGUGCUCUCGCCAAGUUGCAGAUGCCAUGUAAUGACACCUGCGCGGUUGUGUCUGUUCCCGUUUCUGUUGAGGUCUGAGCUGGAGUAUCUUCAACUUACUUGCUAGUAUUUGGGUCCAUCAUUCCUUUCACACAUGAGAUCCGGCUGGACGUGCAGUGGGCGUCCGGGGCCGGCCGAUGUCAACAAGACAUGGGAGUUGAGCUAUACAGGAGUUAUUCUUUCCUUUUUGCCUGAUUACGAUUUAUGGCCGAGAUAUAAAAGAGUAUAGUCGCUGGUUAGUGCAAGCUUCAACGCCACAAAGCCAUGCGGUCGGACAGGUCAGAACCAGAAGUGCAGUGGGUUUCUGGGUUCUGCGAUGGAUUUUCUUGAGUACGAAAUAUACAAAAUUGUAGAGACCCGUGAAUAUACUAUCCUUGACCCCGUGAA